AUGGCCGACGCCAGUUUCCCCUUCAACGCCUACCUAACCAACGUAGUCCAGCUGCUCGACGCGAUCCAGCACAAAGACACGAGCUACACCCACGCCGAGCGCGCCCACCGCCUGCGCCACGCCUACAGCGCCGGGGCACAACACUUCGCGCAGUCGCGCGUCCAGGCCGCCCUGGCGACCAGCUCGACCACCAGCCCGCAGCGGCUCGAGGCCGCGCUGCGCACCACGGCGCGGAUGGUGGUGUGUGCAUGGGUCGACAUCAACCCGGACCUGCAGGCCGUCCUGACCAUCUUCUGGACGUACCAGACGGUGCUGGACGACGCCACCGCCGCCGACCCGCGCAGCGUCAUGGGAACGUUUGUCCAGGAUCUGGUUUCGGGCACGGAGCAGAAGUCCCCCUGGUGGAGGCUGGUGAAUGCGUAUAUGCCCGUCCUGCUGGAGCACUAUGGGCCGUUCUGCUCUCUGAAUAUCUAUCGGGGCGUGGUGGACUACUUCCAAGGCUGCUGGAUCGAGCAGCACAACAUCCAGGGCUACCCCGGCUCCAGCGAAUUCCCCGACUUCCAACGCCGGCUCAGCGGCCUCGGGCCGUCUGUCUCCGGCACGCUAUUCCCCAAGGCCAGCUUCGACGAACAGCGGCUCAUGGCCGAGAUCGCAGUCGCCACCAGCACCAUCGACGUCUACCUGGCGCAGGUCAACGACCUGUUCUCCUUCUACAAGGAGUUCGACAUCGCGCACGACCAGACCGGGCUCGUCAACAACUACUGCCACGUCGACGGCCUCGGCCGCGAGGCGGCCCUCGGGAGGCUCACGCGCAACGUGGUCCGCGUCGCGCGGCAGAUGCUGGCCGUGUUCGGGACCCUGACGGGCUUCAUGCAUGGGUACGUGACGUGGUACUUUCUCGACGAGCGGUACAGGAUGAGCGAGGUCUACCAGCGGGCGGGGAACGACGACGACGAUGCCGUGGGCUUGGCGUUUCGCCGCUACUAUGAGGCGGCUUGGGAGGACGCGCACGUCUAUCUGGCCGAGUGGGCGGAGCCGAGCUUGACGUCCCUCUUGAUGGGGCCUGACUCUGCCGGAUAUACAUAA